GCUAAUUAGAAACUUUAACAAGAAAAAGCUGCCACGUCGUACUUCAAUAGUUAAGGUGAAAAUGUAACAACUAUAUGUAUACCGUAAUUAGUGCUACCAGAUGUCUUGUAAACAUACACCGGUUUAUUGUUGUUCAAAGAGGUUACACACACACACACUUAUACACCAUCCAAAAAAUAUGUUUUAUCCAAAAUCACCUUUUUUACGCUAUCCACUUGUUGAAUCACAACUUUGCAAAGGGAAUUUGAAUUUACUAGAAGAUCUAUUAACAUGGCUUUGUCGUACUCCUACCAAUACCACCUAUCGAGUAAAUCUUCUAACAUCUUCCCUAGAAUCUUUUAAAACUGAAGUUGAAAUAAUUUUGAAAAAACGUUAUGCGGUUCCUCCGAAAAUUUAUACUUUCGCAGAUUUGCCCGAACUUUUAUGUAUAGGUCCUACAGAAAUAUCACCCAAGCCUGAUGAGCAACAAAAAGAAAUCAUUGUGGACACUUGCUGUGGUGCGGCUGUAUUGAGAGGAGCUCAUAUUUAUGCAAUUGGAGUCCUGGCCAUGGAAUCUGGUACCAAAGAGGGUGAUUUGGUAAAUGUUUAUGCAGAUUUGGAGCAAAAAUGUAAGAAAGGUUUAAAUAUACGCUAUGAAUCCAAUGAAAAGGUGUAUUUGGGCCAAGGAAAAGUGUUAAUGCAACGCUAUCAAAUAUACAGAACCGAAGGUCCUCAACAGGGCAUAGCAGUGGAAAUGCUUAAUACCAUAUCGGGAGUACCCUCUAUUGGGGAUUUAAGCAAUUCUAAGGUAUUACUACAAAAUCUACCCUCCAUUGUUUGUGGUAGAGUAUUAAACCCUAAACAAAAUGAAUUGAUUUUGGAUAUGUGUUCAGCUCCCGGUAAUAAAACCACCCAUUUGGCUGAAUUGAUUAAAGAUCAGGGCUGUAUAAUAGCUUUAGAUAAAACGGAAAAUAAAAUAAAACUUGUUAAAGAUAAAAUUGCCAGAAACCAACUGAAAUCGAUUAAAGCUUAUGCCUUUGAUUCUACAAAAUCUUAUAAUGAAGAUUUAUCAUGCAACAAUGCGGAUUUGAAACCACCUUUUAAGUCACAAACUUUCGAUCGCAUUUUAUUAGAUGCUCCCUGCAGUGCUUUAGGCAACAGACCCCUAUUGUCUAGUAAUAUGUCACCAAAAAUGCUGGAAUCUUAUGCCAAAGUUCAAAAGAAACUAUUUGCCAAUGCUGUGCCACUGCUGAAAACAGGUGGCAUUUUGGUUUAUAGCACCUGUACAGUUAAUAUGGCGGAGAAUGAAGAAAUGGUAGUAUGGGCUUUAGAAAAGUUUCCCGAAUUAAGUUUAGAACCUGCUACGCCAGUAUAUGGAGCAGCAGCUUGGCCUUGUGAGGGUUUAAGCGAAUUCGAUCGCUGUAAGUUACAACGUUUUGGUUCUACGGAUAAUAAAAUGGAUUCGGUAGGAUUUUUUAUUGCAAAAUUUGUGAAAAAAUAAAUUUAUUGAGCUAUUGAA